AUGAAGGGCUUGACCCAAUUCAUUAUAGACAUCCGAAACUCCCAGGAUUUCGAACAGGAGAAGAAGCGAAUAAACCUUGAAAUCAAUAAUAUUCGUACCAAAUUCUCCUCCAACUUGAGCACUUAUCAACGGAAGAAGUACAUCUGUAAGUUGAUGUACAUAUAUUUGCUGGGCUACGAUGACUUAGUCGAUUUGGGUGUAAAAGAGAGUCUCUCGCUAAUCAGCGCCAAAACCAUCCAGGAGAAGUCCUUAGGAUACCUUACAUUAUCUAUCAUAUUUACCAGUCAUAGUGACACGGCCCAUACGGGAUUCAAGGGAACAAAUACGUACUUUGAAGAACUUUUGGGUUCGGUGUACCUGCAACUUUCACACGAUUUGAAGAUUGACAAUGAGAUAUUCAACGCGUUAGCACUUCAGUUUAUUGCUAAUAACUUCAAUUUGCCGGGCUACCAGCUACCGGAAACCAGUGUGGUGAUCAGUAAAUUUCUUGAAUUAGCCAACCAGGUCUACUCGUUUGCAAUUAGCCCGAUGUCUGCGUUGCUUUUGAAGAAGAAGUCUCUUGUAUGCUUGAAGAUGCUUAUCCAAUUAUAUCCCAAUCUUUUGGUCGUCAACGACAACUGGAUCCCCCGGUUGUUCUCCUUGGUGGACUACAACAACGACUUGUCGAUUAUUUUGAACGGAUUGCCGGUGGCAGAAUUGGUGGUUGGGAUGAAACCCACUCAGGUGAAGAAUUUAGUGGCUUCUCUCACAAAUAACCUUGAAGAGUUGGUGAUCAAUGCAAACUGCGAUGAGUCAUACUUCUACUAUGGAAUCCCGGCCCCAUGGGUUACUAUACGGUUGCUUCAAUUGCUUGAAACAUGCUUUCUCAUGGAUUCGUCUUUGGUAAUUAACUUAAACCCAAAGGAUCUCAAGACGUUGAAACAGGUGAUUUCCACUUCAAUUAACCAGCUGACCAAGUCCAUUAACGCCUUGUCCAAUAAGAAUAUCCAGAGCUCCAUUCUUUUUCAGUCGGUGGGGUUGGCCAUAUUCUUGAAUGCUUCUAGUGAGUCGAUUUUGGGGGCUAUAAACGCUUUGUUGCACCUCUUGAAGUCUACCGAUACAAACACAAGGUACUUAGCUCUAGACGUGUUGAUCAAGCUUAUAAGUAGAUCUUCAGACGAGAAGUUGACCCAGUCAUACAAUGGGUUGAUCUUUGACCGGAUGGGAGUGGCUGAGCAUCUACUCAAUGAUAAGGACAUUGGUAUCAAGAGAAAAACUUUGGACUUAUUCUACAUCAUCACGAAUGACCUGAACUACCAGGUUAUAAUCAACAAAUUGCUUGACUAUUUUCCGAUGUUGGAUUAUCAAUUGAAAUCGGAGUUGUCAAUCAAGAUAGCCAUCUUGGCUGAGAAGUUCGCAAAAGACUCGACCUGGUACGUUAACAUUAUGAUAAGGUUGUUGUCGAUUCCGGGGUCUUCUGCCAAUUCAGAGUUCCUCAACAACGAGAUUUGGGAGAGGAUUAUUCAGAUUAUCGUAAAUAACGAUGAGCUUCAUGUCAAAACCUGCAAGUUGUUAAUGGGUAAGUUGAUCAGAAGUGAUCAAUUGAGCGAAAAUUUGGUGAAAAUGUCAGCGUUUUUGAUUGGUGAAUAUGGGUCGUUAAUUAAGAAUGAAUUCCCUCCUCAGAUUCAGUUCCAAGCUCUCUACAAGAUCUACGUCACUGCUGGUUUGGUAUCGAGAUCCAUGAUACUCUCCACCUUUAUCAAGUUCUGCAACUGCUAUCCGGAUGAAGAUUUCAUUCCAAAUAUCAUUGAUUUAUUUGAAAUCGAGAAGGACUCGAUUGAUAUUGAAAUCCAGUCCAGAGCCAAUGAAUAUUUGAACAUGUUUACCAUGAACUCCAAGGGUCUUUUAUCGAAUAUUAUCAGGCCUCUUCCUCCAUUUGAAACCAAGAAAAACCACCUUUUGUCAAGAAUUGGGACUCUUAACCACAUAGUAGGGACCGACAAAUCGAGUUUCAUGGUGAAUGCAGCUAAAAUCCAAAAGAAGACGACUAAUGGAAAUGGAAACGGCAACGGUAGCUUGAUCGAUUUGGGUGGACCGGAAGCUGAUUUUGAGAAUCCAUUUCAGGAAGAGAAAUUGGUGUUGUCUCCAAAUUGGUAUAAUGGUUACCACCGAAUGCUUCACUUCGAUGCAGGUAUCUUUUAUGAAAGCCAGUUGGCGAGAAUUACUUAUAAAGUUGACCGUAUUGAUGACUUCAAGUUGUUGUACAAGCUUCAAGUCAUCAAUAACUCCUACAAAUCGACUCUGAAUCAACUCACGAGUUUCAAGAUUUUGGAAUUGAAGAGUAAUGCGAAUACAGUCGACCCCAGCUACAUCAUGAAUCUUACCAAAACACCCGACCAGAUCAUCUUGGACAAGUCCCUGAUCGAAAUAGAAGUCAAGGUUCGUGGGGUUGUGGACGUGGAACAAUCGCCGGUUCUAUCUAUAAGUUUUAGUUGUGGAGGAUCGUUCAACCAAUUGAAUUUGAAAUUCCCCGUGAACGUAUUGAAGACCCUCACUCCCACGACGUUACUUGUGGAGGAAUUCAAGACCAGAUGGCUUCAAAUUAACCAAUUACUUCCCAAUAACAAGGGAGAAUUUACCAUCCGUCCCAACACUGCGUACAAAUACACUGCUUCCAACAUUGUCAGACUUGUGCAGCGACUCAGGUUCUCAAUUGUAUUCAGCAGUAGUGAAGAUGAUCCGAACAAGGUGCUUGUUUUAGCUGCUGGUAUCCUCCACACCCAAACCAAUAAUUAUGGAGUAUUGCUUUCGAUCAAGAGUGUCGGUACCGAAGGGAAGCACUUUGAAAUUACUGCCAAAUGUACAGGAGAAGGGGUUGCAGAGAUCAUUGCGGUGGCGAUGGGGGAAAUAUUCCAAGGCAAAUUUUAACUUAUGGCAAUGAAUAUUUAAUGCACGGUUUACCUUAUGUGGUAAGUAAGUAUUGUUGACAUUGCCUAAUUACCUUUCCUGAAGUAGAAAUUCGAUUUAAUAAUCUUUCCUAUUUAGGCAUUUCUCACGCAGUGUAAUUUUUUCCACAUCCUCAGCUCUUAGUUUUGCAGCUAUAAACCUUGCUUCAAUAGGAAAUUUUGGCCCUGGAGGGGCCAUCUUCCCCAGACAAUAUAAGCACGCAUAUUCCAUUCUUCAAUACUCAGGCAAAAGUUUUCCACCGGUAUUUUCACUAAUGAAAGUCACACCAUUAUUGUUAAUAACUGCCCUAGCAUUAUGGCAACAGGCUCAAGCAGCUCCUGCUCCCGCACAGACCGUCUGGAGGACAGCAACCCAAGUGUUGAACCAAGACGGUAGCAUUUUCACCCUUUUGGAUGAGCUUUUUGGUGACGACGCUGCCACCACUGCAGCAACCACCACCGCAGCUACCACGGCAGCAGUCCAGGCCGCAGCUACCACCACCGCAGCUUCUAGUGGAUCCAGAUGGAGCGGUUUGCUCAGUAAGCUCCUUGGCUACUUUGACGACGACGAUACCACCACAGCCGCCGCCGCCGCCACCACCACCGCAGCCGUCACAUCUGUAGCCACGUCUGCGGCCACCACCGCAGCCACAAACGACGAUUUGUUCACCUGGUUCACCACUGCAAACAAGAAAACAUCGGCCGCCACCUCAACGUCCGCCAAUACCCUCGCCGCCUCCAGUGCUACGCCCACCACACUCUCGACCGCCACUAUCAAAACAGGUACUACUGUCGCAUCUGCCGAUGCGUCUAGCACCGAAGAAGUGUCAGGAUCGGAUAAAGAAUUCGCCGAGUCGAUUUUGGCGUCCCACAAUCAGUACCGUGCCGACCACAACGUUGCUGCCUUGACAUGGAAUAACGCUGCAUACCAGUACGCCCAAAAUAACGCCGAUAAUUACGAUUGUUCCGGUGUUUUGACCCACACGCACGGUCAAUACGGAGAAAACUUGGCGGCCGGCUUCAAAACGGGCUCGGCUGCGGUGGACGCCUGGUACGCCGAAGGACUGACGUAUGACUACUCUUCGGCCAAUACUUACGACCAUUUCACUCAGGUGGUUUGGAAGGGUUCUACUUCGGUGGGAUGUGCUUAUAAGGAUUGUAGUGCCGAAAACUGGGGACUUUAUGUGGUUUGUGAGUAUGAUCCUCCCGGUAAUGUGAUUGGGGAGAACUCUGAAAAUGUGCUUGCUGCUGACACCUGAUUUAUAAAAGUAAUGAUAAUAAACGUUGAGUUAGAGA